AUGAUUUCAACAAUCGGCACAACAACAAUUCAAACUACAGCACCAAACUCGUUAGUCAUGAAUCCAACAUCUAUGUUAGUAGAGAUGAAAAGCUUCAUUCCUUCUUCAUAUACUUUCGAAACAAAAAUCCAGAAGAUAAAGCAAGAACUUUUAACAAGUAAUUUAGACUGUAGUGCGAAAGAUGAAACAAAUGAACAGUAUCUUUAUGAAAUGCAGGACAUUAUUGACCAUUUACCCAAAUUGCCUGAAAUCCAACAACAAAAACUAACUAUUCCUGAAUUCGACGAAAUUGAAGUCAAAACAACUGACUCAGUAGAAAUAAAGAAGUUCAUACGUAAAGUAAAUUAUGAAUUCCUUGGUUUUCAUUGCAACCAUAAAGUUAUGGACAAAGAUUGCGACAUGGUUUAUAAGAAUGUUUCUGACAUAUAUAAAUCUGAAGAAUUUAAGACCUACGAUAACUUUGUUUCAUUAGUUGCUGAAUGUGUUUGGGAAAUAAGAGAUAAAGAUAGAAGAGGCAAAGUAUGGAACGAACAACUAAGACCCGCUAUGUUUGAGAUGAAGAGAGCAAUUGACGCCUUAGUUGUUUUAGCAGGUCAAAUUUCAAUGUAUAACGCAAAAAUGAACCCGCAAUGUUCAAAAUGUAAGGCAGCGAUGAGGAAAUAUAACUACUCCGUCAAAGAGAUAGAAAGAAUGAGAAACGACUAUGCAGAUUUAAAGAAAGA